AAUUAUAGGGUGAAUUUAUGUUAAAAAAACAAAAAACAAAAUGAAUGGCUCCUCUCAAUUCCUUCUCCUUGCUGCUGCUUACAUUGUUAUUUCUUGCUGUUGCUCCUUCAACAAAUUUUGGCUUUGAGCAUCAUAAAAGUAUUAUAAGAUAACUUUCGUUGCAGAAGUUAAAACAAGGACUGAGCUAAUAUUAAAGAUUGCUCGACUAGAGUCAUGGAUGGGGAAAAUUGAUUAAAAGAAGAAAAGAAAGGUUGAUGAGAGGGCAAACUGAAGUAGCAAAAAACAUAUGCAUCUAUGAAGACUUGGGCAUUGAAGUCGCCGCCGCCGCACCACCUGAUGCAGUUGUUGUCGGUUGAGCUUCUUCUCCUGCUAAUUUUUCAGAUGGAAUGGCAGAUCCUGUUAUUUAUGGCAAUUCUGAUCGUGACAUCGAGCAAGCACUUGUUACUUUGAAGAAAGGGACUCAGUUAAUCAAAUAUAGCCGGAAAGGAAAACCCAAGUUUCGUGCAUUUCGAGUUUCUCCCGAUGAAACAUCAUUGAUUUGGUUGUCACAUGGAGAAGAAAAGAAUCUGAAAUUAUCUUCCGUCUCGCGGAUUAUCCCAGGACAGAGAACUGCUGUUUUUAGAAGAUUCCUACGCCCUGAAAAGGAUUACUUGUCAUUUUCGCUACUUUAUAACAACGGUGACAGAACUCUUGAUUUGAUUUGCAAGGACAAAGUUGAGGCGGAGGUGUGGCUUGCAGGCCUUAAGGCAUUGAUUGGAAGGAAUCGUGGUAGACGAACAAGGAGUGAUAUUUCUGAUUUGACUGAUGGUGGAGACCUUUUUCAAAAUGGUCGUACAUUUGGUGCAACUCUAGAUAUAUCUUCAAGUCUUAAUCGUGGGAGAGUGUCUAUUGAUUUAGGUCCUCGUGAUACUCCUUUGAAUACAACAAGCUCAGAUGCGGGGUCAGAACGUGCAAAUAUGCAACUAAGAACAAGUGGCGGUGGAGAUGGUUUUCGGAUUAGUGUUUCAAGCACUCCUAGUUGUUCAAGUGGUGGAUCAGGUCCAGAUGAUAUAGAAUCAUUAGGUGAUGUUUAUUUAUGGGGAGAAGUUUGGAGUGAUGUAGUUCUGCCUGAUGGGUCCCUGAGCUCAAUUCCUUUAAAGAAUGAUGUGCUGACUCCUAAACCCUUAGAAUCUAAUGUAGUUCUUGAUGUUCAGCAGAUUGCUUGUGGGGUGCGUCAUGUUGGUCUCGUAACAAGACAAGGGGAGGUAUUUACUUGGGGAGAGGAAUCUGGGGGGAGACUCGGUCAUGGAAUGGAAACAGAUUUUAGUUGUCCUCGACUCGUUGAGUUUCUUGCAGUUACUAAUGUUGACUAUGUUGCUUGUGGUGAGUAUCAUACAUGUGCUAUCUCUACAUCAGGUGACUUGUAUACUUGGGGUGAUGGCAAACAUAAUGCCGGACUUCUUGGUCAAGGCACUGAUGUUAGCCACUGGAUACCAAAAAGGGUUUCUUCUCCUUUAGAAGGACUUCAGGUUUUAUCCAUUGCCUGUGGAACAUGGCAUUCGGCUCUAGCAACCUCAAACGGGAAAUUGUUUACAUUUGGUGAUGGGGCUUUUGGUGUUUUGGGGCAUGGAGAUAGAGAAAGUGUGGCGUUUCCUAAAGAAGUGCAGUUACUGAGUGGAUUAAAGACUAUAAAAGUAGCAUGCGGACUCUGGCAUACUGCAGCUAUCGUAGAGGUUAUGAGCCAAGCAGGCUCAAAUGUUUCCUCGAGAAAAUUGUUCACUUGGGGUGAUGGCGACAAACACCGUUUGGGUCAUGGAAGUAAGGACACAUAUUUACUUCCUACUUGUGUCUCCACCCUUAUAGACUACAACUUCUACCAAAUAGCCUGUGGGCAUACUUUGACGGUUGCCCUUACAACCUCCGGUCAUGUGUUUACUAUGGGCGGAACUGCACACGGUCAACUAGGCAAUCCAUCCUCUGAUGGAAAAGUGCCUUCCUUGGUGCAAGAUAAUUUGGUUGGUGAAUUUGUUGAAGAAGUAUCUUGCGGUGCAUACCAUGUUGCUGUGCUCACCUCGAGAAGUGAAUUGUACACGUGGGGAAAGGGCGCCAACGGCCGGUUGGGGCAUGGAGACACGGAAGACCGGAGAAUUCCAACUCUCGUCGAAGCUCUAAGAGAUAGGCAUGUUAAAAACAUAUCAUGUGGCUCAAAUUUCACCACCAGCAUAUGCAUCCACAAGUGGGUUUCUGGAGCAGAUCAAUCCGUUUGUUCAGGUUGCCGGCAAGCAUUUGGAUUUACGCGAAAGAGACACAAUUGUUACAAUUGUGGGCUGGUUCAUUGUCAUGCUUGCAGUUCCAAAAAAGCAUUGAAAGCAGCAUUAGCUCCAACUCCAGGGAAACCUCAUCGUGUCUGCGAUGCUUGCUAUGCAAAACUUAAAACUGGCGACACUGGUAGUUAUAACAUAAACAGAAAAGUUACCACCCCACGCCGUUCAAUAGACAGUAGGGAGAGAAUGGACAGGGGAGAGUCUAGGCCGUCAAGAACAUUACUGUCUCCCACAACAGAACCAAUAAAAUACCUCGAAAUUAAGUCAGGAAGGCCCGGAAUGAGAACUGAUUCUUCUUCUAUUGUCCGAGCUUCUCAAGUUCCGAAUCUCUUACAGCUAAAAGACAUUUCAUUUCCAAGUUCACUCAGUGCUAUUCAAAAUACUUGGAAGCCUAUUCCCUCACCAAUACCCCCGUCUCCUAUCAACUCACCUCAGCCUAUCAGCAAUUCGAGACCCGUUUCACCAUACUCGAGGAGACCGAGCCCUCCACGUUCUGUUACUCCUGGUUUCUCUAGGAGUGUCAUUGAUAGCCUGAAAAAGACCAAUGAGAUUUUGAAGCUUGACAUGACUAAAAUGCAAAACCAAAUGAAAUCCGUCAAGCAAAAAUGUGAUGCGCAGGACAUUGAGAUUCUAAGACUUCAGAAACAAGCUAAAGAAACUGCAUUGUUGGCUACAUCAGAAUCGUCGAAGUCCAAAGAAGCCAAGAAACUGGUUAAGUCCAUUGCAGAACAGCUGAAAGAAAUGACGGAGCAGUUGCCUCCAGAUGUUCAAGAAAUGGAAAAUUUUAAAGCUGUGAGCAGUCAAAUUGAAACGUUUCUACACACAUAUGGUGCAUCGAAAAGUGCUUCAUUGACAGAAAGCUCAUCAUCAGUGUCAAGCCUGAAACAUACAUCUGAUACAACGCGGGAUAAGAGGCUUGAAGAUCGAGCAAGUGAGUUACCUCAUAAUGGAAAUGCUCUUCAGGACAGUCAUAGAUUAUCUGUUUCUUCUAGUAGGAAUACGGAGGCUGACACUAUAGUCUCGAAAAAGGAAGGAGAAAGUAUCGAACAAUUUGAAGCUGGAGUUUAUGUGACUUUCGUCCAACGUUCCAAUGGCGUAAAGCUCUUCAAACGUGUUAAAUUCAGUAAAAGAAGGUUUCAGGAGCAGCAAGCAGAAAUGUGGUGGAAAGAUAACAAAGAUAGGCUGCUGAGGAGGUACAGUCCACCGGGAGCAAAUGCAGCAAUUGGCUCAUCAUCUACUCCGGCCUCGCCCUCUGCCGCCACAGCAGCGGCCAUUUUGGCAUCAUCCACCAGCCAAGCUGAGGAUAUAAGUGAGGGCGGACAACCGUCUGAAACUUCAUAAUAAACUUCAUGUUGGUUAAUCGUAGCUGUUGUUCACUAUUCUGUGAUUUUUAAGAGAAAUGUGAUAGUUGUACAGUAGAAUAGAAGUUUUUGUUAGGAAAAUGACCUUACCAUUCUUGUACUUACUAGUUGUAUCAUUUAUUUCGUUAAUAGAACUCGGAUUCGGAUUAAUAAGUGUACAUGUAAUGAUCUGAUUAUAAAUGAUUUAGAAAGAUUACAAAGUAAAUGAUUCAGGAUUA